AUUUCAUCAUCCCAUGCAAGGAGAGAAAAAAGGCCACGAGGAAGGCAAACAAAGAGAAGACCAUGGAAUCUCAGACGGAGGUGAGCAAGCAAUUGACUUACUCGGAUAUGCUUAAAAACGUAAGCACCAAAGCGUCAUUAGGCGGGUCGAACGAGGCUCCUGCUUAUGUAACCAUUAGAGGUGCUGUAGACGACUGGAACCCUACAGAGAUAUGGAAGCAGCUCCCGAGCGAACAGGAGCUCACAGGGGCAGAGGUCCAGGUGGAAGUAGUGAAAGUCACUCAUGCUGGCAAGACCGUUCUGGUCAAAACCAAGGUGUCUGGCCAGGCCAUGAAGCUCAUAAAGUGUAAGACUAUAGGUGAGAAAGGUCUAGUAGCUAGGUUGGCCAGGACUAAGAGGUCCAAAUUAGAGGUGAAAGGAGCUCCCAAGGACUGGGAAGCAGAGACCCUAGAAAGAGCCCUGUGGCAUAAACUGGAAUCAGGUGGCGUGAAGAGACCUGACCAGAAGGAGGGUAAAGAAUGGCUUAGUUCAUGUUUCUCUUUCCUUGACAGAGGUGGCCUAAAGAGGAGGUGGGUGAUUGAGUUCCACCCUAUAGCAAAGGACAUCCUCAAAGGAGAGAAGAUAUGA